AUGAAGAAAGCCUUCAUUGACUACAGUAAAUACUCCAAAACUUUAGGAUCUCACAGACUGCUAACAACGAGGCCCACAGUGGUCAUUCUAUUCUCUACUGAUGAUGCAGAGAUACUAAAUGAAUUGGACCUCAGUAUGCCUGCUAUUGCUUCCAUGGUCGCAAGAAAUCAGAAAAUUGAGAAAGACCAUGAAAGUGAAUGUCAUAAUGAGUGUGAUAAAAACCAGCAAGCUAGUCCAGGGAGUAUGAUCAAUAACAUCUUGCCUUCCAGAGUACUUGAAACUUCUCCUGAAGAGAAACCCAGGAAAAAACAAUAUAAAGAAGCCUGUAGGAGUCUGUGUUUAGAUCAGUCUCAGGAGAGACCUUAUACUGGAGAUAAACUUAAUGAGGAUGCCUUCAUGAGAUACACACAGGGACAGAAUGAUGAACAAAACCAUAAAGAAGUGGAACAAUUUGUAUGUUGUCUCUGCGAAGAAUCCUUCGUUAAUUCCAGAGAGUUUACCAACCAUGACAAAAGUCAUAUUGAAGAGGAAAGGUACAUUUGUAGGCAAUGUGGCCAAACAUUUAAAUAUAAAACAUGUUUUGAGAAACAAAAAAUAACUCUCAAAGGAGAGAAGUCAUACACUUCUAUACAUUAUGGAAAAGACUUCACCCAAUUUGAUCAUCAUCACAGUCAGGAAAGCUGUUACAUUGGACAAAAGCCUUAUGCCUACAAGCAUUGUGGAAAAAACUUCACCAGUUCUUCUUAUCGAAACAUUCAUGAAAGAUUUCACACGGGAGAGAAACCUUAUGCAUGUAAACAUUGUGGAAAAGCAUACAGCAUUUCCAGUGCUUGUCAUUUUCAUGAAAGAAUGCACAUGGCAGAGAGAAAUCAUACAUGCAAGCAAUGUGGAAAAUCCUUUUUCUGUCUCAAGCAUCUGAAAAGGCAUGAAAUAAUUCACACUGGAAAAACGCCUUUUGCAUGUAAGCAUUGUAGAAAAGCCUUCAACCACCCCAGUAGUCGUAGCAGACAUGAGAGGAACCACACUGCAGAGAAACCUUAUGCAUGUAAGCAUUGUGGGAAAAAGUUCACCCGUUCUUUAUAUUGA